AUCUACUGUAACAGGUCUCUGCUGAAGCUAAUCAUGACGUAGCUACGCCGCUAGCUAAACUGACACUUACCUGCUAACGCACGAGCCAAUUAAUCUGACAGUCACGCGCUGCUCGAUGUUUUGCAGGAACAUUAUGCAAACAGCUGACAGAGGGCUCCCUGAGCUCAUACAAGAAACUCCUGAUGCUCCUCAAGGGAAUCUUCCGGAAAUGUACCCAAAGACUUUCAAUCCGAACCAGAGCGGUGCUGUGAGUCUUCCUCUAGUCUCUGAUAGUCAGAGGCUUAUAUGGGUGCCCUCAAACCAGUUUGAACCCCCGCUGAAUGUUGCUGUAGAGCUUGGCGAGGCCUUCAACAGAUUUCCAUACCUGACACAGAAAGAGACCACUGCACUGGCACAGCACUGCUCCCUGCACCUUGACCAGGUGAAGCUGUGGUUCAUGGAACAGAGGCUUCGCUAUGGCAUCAGCUGGGACUAUAAAGACAUCCUGACAGUUCGGAGCAAGUUCAAGUCAAAUCAGGGAAAGGAGGAGCUGCAAAAAAGGACGGGGGAAGAGAGGAAAAGGGCAUGCAAAAGAGAAGUUGGAGUGUCUGGUGGGAAGAAGGUGAGACAAGAGUGCAAGAAAGAAAAGAGUGCAAACAAGCGAGGACUGAGUGGAGAAAAUGAGCGGAUGGAGAGAAAAAUGAAUCAGGGCGAACCAAUGAAGAAAGAGAAAGGGGAAAAAGCAGAGGAAGACAAAAAGAAUACUCGGAAAAAGCGGAAACGGGUGAUAGAAACAGGCAAGAUGGAGGAGAAGGGGAUAAAGCAAGGUGAAUUUGUUGAGAUGGAGAGGCAAAAGUCAGUCCAGCUGGAGACAACCAAGAGAAAGAGAAAGGCAAAAGCAGUGUGGCCUCACUGCAAGCUCAGUGACAGCCACACAGAACCACUGAGGAGAGUUGAUGCCGACCCCUCUUCUACCCCAGAUAUGUGCACGACCUCUGCAAAAGUAGACCCGACAGCAGAUGCAAACACAAUCCCAGCUAAACCCAGCUACAGUGCAAAGACGAAGGCUCAGGUGGCGAUGAUGAGAAAUGCUUUCUUGCAGUGCCAGUAUCCAGCCAACGAGGACUACAACCAACUGUCCAUGCUGAUCGGCAUCUCUCGCAAUCUGUUGGUUCGGUGGUACGGUGACACACGCUAUCACGUCAAGAAGGGAUGGCCGCGCUGGCUGAGUCAGGAGCAGUGCAAACGUGUGUCGGCCAACAUCAAGUACAGGCAGUACCUGCAUUCUGUGAUGAAGAUUCAGCCAUUCAAGGUGAAAGAAAAAAUCGUGUGGGAGGAGAUGCUCGGAGGGAGGGAGAACUCUGGGGAGAGUUAAAAACGUUGCUAAGUUGGACCUGUUCGAAAGUUUACCAAAUGUACUGAAAUCUAGCAUCAAGAAGGUCCUUUUGUUCUUUAAAUUGUUUUAUUGUCAUUCAAGUGAAGAAGUCAAGAAGAAAACAUAAUUAAAGAGUUCCAGAUCAAACAAA